AUGUUACCAGAAAAACUACAAGACCUGAAUGAGGAGCUCUCAGAAGAGGCCAUCAAAGGGGAUAUAAUUAUUGGAAUCAAGCGUUUUCUACAAGAAACUGAUCUGUUACAAAAGGACCAGGGUAACAUUACAUUAGAUUACAGUGAGAUAAACAGAAGAGCCCAUAUGCUUUAUCGAAUACGAUCACAUCAUCGACAAUUGCAGAUCCUGCAGCGAGAUACAGCAAAAAAGUUUAUCCCUAUUAUAAAGGAAAUUCUUCGUGUCUUUGUAACCGUCUUGCAGAAAACAAUUGUUGUUGGAGAAAGAAUCAGCUUCGAUGGUCUUGGUGUAUUGGAUAUUAUGAUACGGAAACUUUCAUCAAAAGAUUUUGUGGAUGCCCCAGAUAAAUUUUUUGUGAACUUAAAUAAUGUUAACGGUUCUAAAAACCAGGAUCCUUACUAUGAAAUAGCGGUUUUGAACUUCAUGAAAAAUCCCUACAUAUACGGUGAAAAUGCAUCCGAGGUGACGUCAUCAGUUCCGGUUAUGGAAUUCCCUCCUAAUAUAACAGUGGAUUCGAAAGUUCCGAAUGAAGGCAAACUAGAAUUCAAAAAAUACAUCCCUUUAAUAAAUCCACAAUACUCGGAACAAAUGAUUUAUUUCACGUUUGAUAUAAUCAACUAUGGGGACGCAGCAAUCAUAUACUUCAAACCAGAUGGAUUUGACUUCUCAAGUCAGAUGACAACACAGUUGUAUUCUUUUUACUUUAGCACAGUAACUUUCCCAACAUCCAUUGUUUUUAAUUAUAAAAAAGUUUUAGGAGUAAGAGAUUGGACCAGAUUUGGAUUUAAAGUUUUCCUAAAAGAAGGUGUAUGCGGGAAAGGAAUAUGCUAUCUAGGCAUAAAACCCUUGGCAGCGUCCAGAAUCGAGCACAUUUCGAGAUCAAGAAAAAGAAGAGCUGCAGAAACGUUCACAACGACAUCUGAGGCACCUGGGAAUGCAAGUGCUAUUGCAAACACCACUAUAGAAGCAAACACCACUAUAGUAGCAAAUGUCUCGGAAUUUAUUCCAUAUGGCGCCAACUUCAGCAUUAUAUUCUUGACUACUGGAUGUCGAACGUGGGACAACGAAAACAACUCAUGGACAACAGAAGGUUGUCAGGUGCUCCCAAUGAGUGAUCUGAACAAUACUGUGUGUCGCUGCGUCGGAGACACUUUCUCCUCGUCUUUUUAUGUACCACCAAAUGUCAUAAAUUUUCUGACUGUGUGGGGAAAAUUUGAUGCUUCCAAUGCAGCGGUUUAUGGCACACUUAUAGCUGUCUUUCUUGUGUAUAUAAUACUAUUAAUUGUCCUGAGGAAACAAGACAAAAGGGACACAGACAAGUGGGCAGUCAACUUUCUUUCCGACCACAGCGCAGAACAUGUAUACUUCUACAUGAUAAGUGUAUAUACCGGGAUACGUCGAGGAGGAGGAACCAGGUCAAAUAUAUAUUUUAUAUUAACUGGCGAUUACGGCGAUUCAGGAAUUCGAGCCUUAAAUAGCAAUAAUAAUGAGGGAUUUUCAGCGGCAAGUGUAAGGAUGUUUUUAUUUGGAACGAAUGAAUCUAUAGGAGAUAUAAAAUAUGUAAGAGUAUGGCAUGAUAAUUCAGGACCCAAUGGCACCCAAAGCUGGUUCCUGAGCAAAAUUAUAAUCGACGAUUUGCAAACAAAAGAAAGAUAUUCGUUUAAUUGCAACAAGUGGUUGGCUGUCGAUGAUGGAGAUUGCAUGCUGGAUCGUAUUCUCCCAGUAUCUACUCCUAAUGUGACGUCCUUAAAGUCUCGUUUUUCCGAUGAAACGCAAACUCAACUGUACGAACAUCACCUUUGGCUCUCUCUGCUCAUUCGCCCAAAACAAAGCAACUUCACCCGUGUUCAAAGAUUGACAUGCUUAUUAGCACUCAUGUGUCUAAUAAUGAUUUCAAAUGCCAUGUUCUUUAAAGCAUCAAAAGAAAACCAAAAUUUGGAUCAGAUUGAAUUUGGGGUAUUUAGGUUCUCCUUCACUGCACUCUACGUGUCCUGCAUGGGAAUUAUUAUUUCUACGCCACCAGUCAUAUUUGCGGCCUUCGUAUUUAGACACACAAAUGGCACGAAAUCUAGGAAACAUGGGGAAAUCAAUUCAAGCAACAUCAACAAAAAAGGACACUGUCAGCAAACAAACGAUUUUUCGAUUGAUGGAAAGGUGUUUAAUUCUAAGAAACGCAUGUUCCCUCGUUGGGUUUAUUUCGUAGCAUGGGUCCUAGUUUUGCUGGCAAUCGUAUCAUCAUGUUUUUUCCUAAUACUGUACAGCAUGGAAUGGGGAAAAGCCAUAUCAGAGGAAUGGUUGUCAUCUUUUGUGAUAUCUUUCCUGGAGUCAUUAUUUGUAGUUGAUCCAGUGAAGGUUAUAUUCAUAGCCAUAAUUAUGUCGACAAUUUUGAAAAAUCUUAUGCAAGAAGACAGGCCUAAUCUGGACCUACAGAAAUUAAGGUCGGUUGCAGGGGAAAUGAACAUCUGUCGGGAAACAAGAUUUUCAGAUUUAACUAGCGAGGUUUUACCAACGUGUGACUUAUAUUCCAAAGAAGAACUAUACAGCUUAAGAGAAAAAUGUAGGGAGGAAUCUAAGGCACGAUCAGCACUGACAAAUCUCAUCUUGUUUAUAGUAUACAUCAUAGCAAUUUAUGGAAUCAGCUUUAUGCAACGAGAUUCUCGAUCUUUCAGUAUGAAGCAGAAUCUCGAUAGUUUUCUGCUUUCAGGAAGUCGUGGUUUUGCCAACAUAAAAGGCCAUAAAGAUUUUCUAAGCUGGAUGAAUGAUAUAUUUAUUCCAACAUUUUACCCCAAUGAGAGUUAUGCAGGGACAGCGCUUUCAGUAAUUGACCGUCAAUGGUUGAAGGAUAUGAGAAGUAUACGUGUAGGACCAGCACGACUACGCCAAGUUCGAAUGAAAACUGGCAAAUGUCCGUAUUCCAGUCUCCCUUGGUCCUACCCUUGCAUUGACGCCUACUCUGAAACAGACGAAGACCAAAGUUUAUAUUGUCUUCAAUGGAGACCGUACAAUGACACAGUGUGUGGAAAGGAAUCUUAUAGAAGCAGGUUCUACACAGCUGAAGCCUGGGCAUACACAGACGCGAGUAAAAUUUGGGGAUUUUCUAGGGCAGGGGAAUAUAGCACAUAUAGUGGAGGUGGAUAUAUUCUGAAGUUUGUGAAAAACAGGGUGAAUGCCCAUUUGCUUCUAGACGAACUUGUGCAAUACAAGUGGAUCAGUAGACAUACUCGGGCUAUAUUUCUCGAGUUCACAACAUACAAUCCAAACGUUAAUCUUUUCGUAUACGCCAUGUUCUUGGUUGAGUUUCCUGAAGUAGGGGGAGCCUUUACAUGGACAGACACGCAAGCAUUUAAACCUGUUUUAAAUCUUGCAUCUCUCCAUUUCAGCAUAGUGGUAUUUUACAUAGUUUUUAUGUUAUAUUACAUUUAUUUACUUCUCAAAAUGAUUUGGCGAUUUAAAGAGCUCGGUUGUUUGACGGUAAUCAAAGAACCCUGGAACUGUUUAGAAUGUUUUUGUAUUUGCAUAGCGUAUGCCUGCAUGGUGAUAUUUGUAUUCAGGAUGAAAUCCACUAAAACUGCAAUGGAUAUGUUUUACGAAGACAAACUGACUGGUGCCAAUCGAUUCAUUAACUACGGACACAUCGUUAUGUGUGAUAAUGCAUUUAACAUUCUCUUUUCUACUCUUGUAUUUGUAUCAACGAUUCAAAUUCUGAAAAUUCUAGGAUACAACAAAAGAUUUGUGGAAGUCAUAUCAGUCAUGGCAAAUGCUGGAAAAGAUUUGAUUGCUUUUGGUGUUCUGUUGCUCGUCUCAUUUGUUGCAUUCGUUUUAUAUGGAUACCUUGUUUUUGGCUCAAAAUUGGAGCAUUACAGAUCCAUUUAUGACACUUGUGGAAGUUUAGCCAACACCUUCAUCGGUAAAAACCGUCUUGACCCCCUGGUUGGGGCAGCGCCCUUGGCAGCCCAAUUCUUUUACAUGACAUACGCUGUUUUUGUUAUCAUGUUUAUGGUAACUAUUUUUAUGUCAAUUCUGAACAGCAGCAUCUCUUUAGUGAGGGCUGAGACUGCAGUGACUUCAAGUAAAAUAGGAAUGGUGGAUAUUGUGAAAAAACAAUUCGAAAGUAUCCUUCAUUUUUUCUACAGUCCAAAGAAGCAGAAUAUAAAUGAAAAGACGCAAAACCUACAUAUUAGUGAAGAUAUCAAUGCUGUGAAUGUAAUGGGGCUUAUCCGGGACAUUGUGACUGUGUAUGGAAGUAGAGGAACAAAGUUGGUAGAAAGAAAGUACUAUGAAGACAAUAAAUUCUUGAUCUCCAAAGACACUGCUUCCACUGACAAAUCCGUAGAAAAUCAGCCUAAUGAUGAAAUGUUAAUUCAAAAGCCUUCUUCCGAGGAACAGCAAAGACUUCCUGUCUUUAAAACCGACUUGAAAGAUUCCGGACGAAGAAUGUCAGAGUCGUCUGAAUUGUCCGAGUCAAGUGUUGACCUGCUUAUAGACUUUCAUGACAAACACAACAACCGUUCGAAUACGUUUUCUAGAAUGUUCUGAAAACGUCCUCCGUGUUCCAGUUGAUGAGAGAUAAAGGUUUCUACAUUGAUCCCAAUACUUCAUACAUGUUCUAGUCGAUCGGAGUUCUAAGUUUUCUACGUUUUUUGGAUACGUCAUGCUUGUUGUACAUCCAUGGGAAAUUUUAAGAUUCUUUUUACAAUGUUCUGAAUACGACAUUUUGUUCCACGUCAUGGGAGCUAAAUUUUUUUCUAUUUUUUAAAUUAUAUUGUAAAUUAUUUGUUGUGUUGUACGUAAUUGCAUAUUACAGAUAAAUUCAUGAAAAUUAAAAUUCAAGCCAGAUUGUUAAGCUUGUCAGUAUGAUCACGUCAGUAUUUAUAAUCCCUACAUAAUUACAUGUAUAUUUCACUUGGAACAUGGAACAAGAUUGACCUAUAUUGAA